CCCAACUGAAACUUCUAAACUAACCCUGUUUUAUCUGUUUUAUUACGGAUUUUUGCCAUCCUAACUCAAUUUAAUUUAAUUUUCAGCUGUUUGAUUUCGCGGACAAAUACAGAGGAAAAUACGACAGCAGCAUCACCGUCGCUAGUAAAUACUACGGAUCCGUCAGUGGUUACAAUGACGAGUUACUUUGGGCUGCCGCGUGGCUAUACCAAGCAUCCAACAACCAGUUCUACUUGGACUACUUGGGUCGUAACGGUGACUCCAUGGGUGGUACCGGUUGGUCCAUGACCGAAUUUGGCUGGGACGUUAAGUACGCUGGUGUUCAAACCCUUGUUGCCAAGUUUUUGAUGCAAGGGAAAGCAGGACGUCACACGGCUGUGUUUCAGAAGUUUCAACAGAAAGCUGAUUUCUUUAUGUGUUCCUUGCUAGGUAAAGGCUCCCGAAACAUUCAGAAGACACCCGGUGGUUUGAUUUUCCGACAGCGUUGGAACAACAUGCAGUUUGUCACCAGCGCUUCUUUCUUGACCACCGUUUACUCUGAUUACUUAACUUCCUCUCGAAGCUACUUGAGAUGCUCUGCUGGCAACGUCGCUCCUUCGCAACUUCUCUCCUUUGCUAAAUCACAGGUUGAUUAUAUUCUUGGAGAUAACCCGAGAGCUACUAGCUAUAUGGUUGGUUACGGUAACAACUUCCCUCAGAGAGUUCACCACCGUGGCUCCUCCAUCGUCUCUUACAAGGUUGACCGCUCUUUUGUCACUUGCCGUGGUGGUUACGCCACAUGGUUCAGCCGUAAAGGCAGUGAUCCCAACCUCCUCACUGGUGCUAUCGUCGGCGGUCCUGAUGCUUACGACAAUUUCGCUGACAGGAGAGAUAACUAUGAGCAGACCGAGCCUGCUACUUACAACAAUGCACCGCUCCUUGGUGUUCUUGCUCGUCUCAGCAGUGGUCAUUCCGGUUACAGCCAGCUUCUUCCAGUGGUUCCUGCUCCUGUUGUAGUCCGAAGACCAAUGCCUAUUCGUAAACCGAGAGUGACUUCCCCGGUCCGAGCUUCUGGUCCAGUGGCUAUAGUUCAGAAGAUGACAGGUUCAUGGGUCUCAAAGGGAAGGACUUACUACAGAUACUCAACAACUGUAACAAACAAAUCACCAAGAGCUCUGAAAAGUCUUAACCUUUCGAUCAAGAAUCUCUACGGACCAAUCUGGGGACUCUCUAGAUCAGUAAACUCAUUCGGUCUACCUUCCUGGAUGCACUCAUUGCAAUCCGGAAAAUCCCUAGAGUUCGUCUACAUUCACUCAACAACGCCCGCCAAUGUCGCGGUUUCAAGCUACACGUUGGCUUGACCAGACAACAAACUUCGAAAAGAAUCACAGUGUGUAUAGGGUCGUGAGAAGAAAGUGUUGGUUUUUCCCUAUGGUUCAUCAAGAACGUUUAAAGGUUUGGUCUUUUUAUUUUCAUUUUGAUUUUUUUUUCGGGUGAUUAUAGAAGGGUUGAAGAAAGGUGGAAGUAAGGUGUGAAGAGACAGUCAAAGACUCUUCGGAAAAUUUAAAAGAAGAGUGAAAGUGCUCAUCCUCUUUCUACUCCUAGUUCAAUGCUUUAAAAAAAAUUAUAUAUAGCGAGAGAGAGAGAGGAAGAUAGGAAAAAAAAGAUUAAAAAGGGUCUCUUGUGAGAAUUUGCAAGGAUUGUUUUUUCAUUCCUUGUGUUUUUAUCUUUCUUGGUGGUCAGUUGUAAAACUCAACAACAGUCCUUAAUGAAAUGUGAUAUGGUUAUUAACU